CUGGACCGGAAGUGCGCCGCCCCAGCAGCCUCUAGCUUCCCAGUCCUGAUGAACGCUAGAUGGUGUGUCAUGACUUUAGCUCCGAGUUGCGUUUACAAACUCCAUAAUGCGGCGUUACAUUCGUGCACUAUUGCUGUGCACAGUGUUUGCCGUGUUUUCGGGCUUGUUUGUUUACAGUAAGCUGGUUUACUCGGACGCGCCGGUCGGUGGGAACGGACCGAAGAGGGGUCUCAGCCCACCGAGAGUCCCCGGAGGCAGGCGAGGGGCCGCGGACAAAACUGGGCCCCAAAGCCAGCACUGGUACAAUAGGUACAUCAUGCGUCAGCAGGGUCAGUUGGAGGCGGGUGGUGGCGGCGUGCAGAGCAGACCGGAUCCUGCCAUGCACCUGGCUGUGGUGGCCUGUGGCGACAGGCUCGAGGAGACUCUUACCAUGAUCAAGUCCGCUGUGCUUUUCAGCAUCAAGCACAUCUACUUGCACAUUUUUGCUGAAGAUCAGCUUCAUGCCAGUUUCAUGGAAGCUUUGGAGUCAUGGCCUGGUUUUAUUCACUCCAAGUUCAACUAUACAGUCUACUCCAUCAGCUUCCCCAGUGAGAACGCAGCAGAGUGGAAGAAACUCUUCAAACCCUGCGCCUCUCAGAGACUCUUCUUACCUCUAAUCCUAAAGGACGUGGAAUCCGUUGUGUAUGUUGACUCAGACAUCCUCUUCCUGCAGCCUGUAGACCGCCUGUGGGAGUUCUUGUCCCAGUUUAAUUCCUCCCAGCUGGCAGCCAUGGCCCCGGAGCACGAGGAGCCCCGCAUUGCCUGGUACAACCGUUUUGCCCGACACCCCUUCUAUGGCAGGACGGGCAUCAACUCAGGAGUCAUGCUCAUGAACAUGACAAGGAUGAGGAGCUUUUUCUUCAAGAAUGACAUGACAUCUGUGGGGCUGCGCUGGGAGGAGCUGCUGAUGCCUCUUCUUCAGAAGUACAAACUCAACAUAACCUGGGGAGACCAGGACCUUCUCAAUAUCAUUUUCUCUCACAACCCAGAGUGCCUGCUGGAGUUUCCGUGCCGGUGGAAUUAUCGUCCAGAUCAUUGUAUCUACGGCAGUAAUUGUGCAUCUGCUGAAGAAGACGGCAUCUACAUACUGCAUGGAAACAGAGGGGUUUACCAUGACCGCAAACAGCCUGCCUUCAGGGCUGUUUACGAGGCCAUAAGAAAGUACUCUUUUGGUGCAGAUCCAGUGACUUCUUUGCUAGAACCUCUAGAGGAGGAACUAAUGAAGACGACACACACUUACUGCGGUAAAACUCACCCGCUAUUCACCAAGAAACUGGCGCACAGCCUGGCAGACGUCAACAGGAAGGCCCCGAGUGGACGAUGACAAAAAUGUAUCACAGUGAUUGGGCUAAAAGGCCGACAAGAAAGACACUGUGCCUUAGCCGAACGUUUACAAGCGUGGUCAGAACAUACAUAUUCGUCCUCGAGCAAGAAACUAAACAGCUUACUUCUAAUCUUGCCAGCUGAACCCUGCUGUUUAAAGCAGGGCUUUUUUUUACCAGUAUACAACAAAAACAUAACCACUACAGAUACAAGCUUUUUGAGUUGUCAAAAUAUGCAAACACUACUUUGUGGACAACUAAUGCAUGAAGCUUUUGGCUUACUUCGAUGAACCAUUAACAAGAUAGUUUGUCUCAGACUGAGACUAAAAACUGCUCACCUCUUGUAAGUUGCUCUGCGUAAGAGUGUGAUGUGAAUACCUGAAAUGUGCUGAAACUUCCAGGCCAGAUGGCCUUGUAGAACUUAGUGUAGGAAAAUAUUUACUACACAUAUAACCUUGGAUUUGUUUUCCAGGUACUCUGACAGACUUUCCCUUUUCAUAUUUUACCGACAACUUGGGUUUGUUGUUUUUUUUCUAAACAAGCAACCAUCUUGUCUCUUCUUGAACAUUAUUCACCAUGGUGCACAAAAGAUGUGUAAAAGUUUGACUUUCCAUAUUGGAGAAUUUAUUGAACCUUGUGAAACACACUAUUAAAAGAGACAAAAUCAUAUCAGAGCUGGACGAAGGCUUUCAGCAGGGCCCAUAUAUCAGAGACGUGUGCACUGGGCCACUUUGAACCUUUAGAAACCACUUCAUUACCAACAAGAGCUUUAUGGCAAAAUAUCUCUUGUGAUUUUGGCAAGGGUUGUGCAUAUGAACUUUACCAGAGUACUGUUAUUUUAUCUGUUACACAGGCUACCUUAAUAAAAAUAAAUCAAGCUAAACAGGGUGAUUAACACAGUGUAUUUUUCACAUAUACAUGUGUCACUCCCACUGAGAAAAGGUCAUUUAUAUGUUGUAUGAUAUCAGUCUACGUAUAUUUCCUUAUGUUUCAUGAACACUACUGAGUCAUCUCUAUGUACUCCUUUUUAAAAAGGUUAUGUUGUGUCAGUCUAGACACGCAGCUAUGCUAAAAAUCCUGUGUGAUCGUAAGAUUACGACACGCAGUACAGACAGCAUGCAUUGCUGUGAACAUGUGAAUAAGCUACAAGUUUCUCUCCUGAUGCCAAAGUAUUUCUUUUUUAUUAUCAUAAUGACGGGUUCUGAACCGUUGAAUGUAUUUUAAACACUUAGGGUUGAAAUCAAAUUGUUGUUAUCAGUGCUUUGUUGGUAUGUUUGUAAUGUCGGCUAUAUUUUGUGAUGUGUUUACUGGUUUAUAUGUCCUUGUGCUAUAAACAAUAAAAUUGAACUUUUUUUACAUUAACCACCA